GACAACCACAAGAGAUAUCAUCACACUGGUAUAAAUAAAGCAGAUCGCUUCACCAAAAGCACCCGGAAAUUCUCUUCUUAAAUAUAAAUCCAUCGAGUAGUAAAGCAAUCGCAACAAUGGUCACAAAAACGUGGAACGUCGGCCUGAUAGGAUACGGCUUCAGCGCAAAGAUAUUUCAUCUACCAUUCAUCCAAUCCGUCCCCGAAUUGAAGUUAUACGCCAUUGUGCAGCGCAAUCCCACACCGGAGAAUGAUGCAGAAAAAGAUCAUCCCGGGAUCAAAUCGUACCGCAGUGCGGAUGAGCUUGUGAAGGAUGCGAAUGUUGAUGUUAUUGUCAUUACGACUCCGCCGGAUGGGCACUUUGAGUUGACGAAGAAGGCGUUGGAGGCUGGGAAGCACGUUGUGGUUGAGAAGCCGUUUGUUCCUACGUACAAGGAGGCGGAGGAGUUGGUAGCUGUCGCUCAGAAGAAUAACAAAUUACUGGCCGUUUAUCAGAACCGCCGCUACGAUGCCGAUUACGUGACCCUCUCAAAACUUGUCAAGAACGGCUCCCUGGGCCGAGUGGUAGAAUACGAAACACACUUUGACCGCCACCGUCCUGAGAUUGCCCCCAAUUCCACAGCCUGGAAGCUCCAAGGUGUUCCAUAUACUGGAGCAAUCUAUGACCUCGGAGCACACCUGCUAGAUCAAGCGGUGCAUCUUUUCGGACUACCUCAACGCAUUACAGGAUUUGUCGGCAGUCAGCGCGCGAACAACCCCACUGGACUGGAAGACUCGUUCACGGCCCUGCUGCAUUAUGACAAGGGGUUGUUGGUGACUGCCAAAGCUGGUGUUGUGAGCCCGGAAGAGAAACAGCUCCGAUUCUGGGUGAGGGGUGACAAGGGUAGUUUCAGGAAGUUCCAUGUGGAUAUCCAAGAGGAACAGUUGAAAGCUGGACUCCGACCGGGUGAUAGCGGAUAUGGCCUUGAGCCGAGUGAUCGAUAUGGAGUCCUCACCACCAUCGACCAGAAUGGAAAGCCAUCUGCGGAAAAAGUGCCCACUGUCGAGGGACCAACAUGGGUGGAAUACUAUCGCAAGCUUGCACGAGCAUUGGCAGGAGAGAGUGAGCUUCCGGCCAGUGGAUAUGAGGCCAGCCAGGUUAUCCGAUUGAUUGAGCUGGCCAGAGAGAGCUCCAAGUCGGGCCGAACGUUGGAUGUGUAAAUACAUACUCUGUAGUCUUAACCGAAAAGGAAUAGAAAAGUUCACGUGUGUGCGUCAUUGCUGAG